AUGGCUUCCUCGGAGGCCCCCCACCCGGGUGUUGGGGGGCAGCCUCUACCUGCGAAGAUCCCGCAGUCCUUUUCGGAUCUGUUCACGAGUCCGCCAGCCUUCUCGGUUCAGGCGACGGCCUCCGCACACCGUGGAGAGCCUGCUUUGAUCUUUUCCCAGGAGGUGAUACACAAGCUGUCCGACCCCUUUCGAUAUGCGCUGGUUGGGAAGUUUGCUCGGGGUCGCCCGUCGCUGGAGCUGGUUCGUAAAUUUUUCGUCACGCUGGAUCUCAAGCAGCCUGUCUCUGUUGGGCUGCUCGAUCCCCGUCACAUUCUCAUCAGGGUUGCAGAUGACAGGGAUUACCAUCGUUUAUGGCUUCGUGGGGUCUGGUAUGUUCAGGGGCGGCCAAUGAAGCUGUUCAAGUGGACGCCUUCGUUUCAUGUGGACCGGGAGCCGUCUGUGGUUCCGGUGUGGGUGUCUUUGCCCAAACUUCCCAUUCACCUUUUCAAUCGAGAGUGUUUGUUUCAGAUUGUUGCUACGUUGGGAGUGCCGCUCUAUGUUGAUGCUGCUACCGCAGCCUUGUCCCGUCCCAGCGUGGCUAGGGUUUGCGUAGAGGUUGAUCUCCUGAAGCCGUUAGUGUCCCGGGUUUGGAUUGGGAAUGGCGGACAGGAGGGGUUCUGGCAGAAUCUUGAUAUUGAGCAUCUACCGGCCUACUGUUCUGGGUGCUUUCGACAGGGGCAUAGAAGGGAUGACUGCGUAAUGCUUCAUCCGGAGUUGAAGGCCCAGGCUCGGCCCACUGUGGAGGCGCAGCCUCAGGGACGACGCAAGGGACGGCCGCCGGCUGCGGCUGUGGCGGGUGAGAAGGUAGCGGCGACGGGGGAAUUGGUUACGCCUGCGCUGGUGGGCGAGAAGCACAGAGUGUCGGGGGUGGAUCUUGGGCCUGGGUCGAGUGCCCAGGCUGCUGCAGUGGCGGCAGCCUCCCCGUCUGCGGGGGAUGGGCAGGGAGUCUCGGCCCUUCUGGGGAUGCAGGCUUCGGAUGACGAACACCAGGAUGGGGUGGAGGAGGCAGCGGUCCCUUUGCCGCUGCUUGUUACCGCAGGGCAGCAGGAGCCUGGUGCAGUGGUGGAGCAGCUGGUGGAAGACGCUAUUGCCUCGGCUGCGGAGGCGAUCAUUGAUGACCUUGCUGACAAGGUGGCUGCGGAGGCGGUUGAUGUCGACAUCGCUUCGUCGGUGCGUAUGCAGCAGGAGCAGGUUGCAAUAUUAGAAUUGAAUCUUUCUCCACGCAAAGCUGCUCCUCCCUUGGCGGCCAUGGAGGUGCUUAAACGCCGGCGUGGGGCCUUGAAACAGAGACAGCCUGGGGUGGUCGCGGCCCCGCCAGGUCUCCCCCUCAAUCUUCUUCUUUUCCUUUACGUGAUGUUUAAGUCAUUGUUUUGGAAUGUUCGGGGUUUAGAUAACUCCAUCACUAUAGCUCGUUUACGUAAGUUGCGUCUAUUGCAUAAAUUUUCCUUGUUGGGGGUCUGUGAACCCAAAAUGGAUGCUUCUCGUUUUGAUUGGAUUCGCCAGAGGCUGGGCUUUGAUGGUUGUUGUCCUACCAAUGAUGGCCGCCUUGUUGUUUUUCACUCUAGUGAAUUUUCUUGCUCUAUUGUGGGUCAAUCUUCUCAGUUUUUGGCCCUCCGCGUGACGCACUCUCAGCUGCGUACUGAGGUGGUUGGGGUCUUUGUGCAUGCGGCCUGCUCCGUCAGUGACCGCCGCGAGCUUUGGGCGGACUUACGUGCUUUGCAGGUGUUGGGUCUUCCUCUUCUCUUUCAUGGUGACUUUAAUGUAAUCUUGUAUGCGGAGGAGAAGAGAGGAGGUCGGCCUUUUCGCAGGGCUGAGUCGGAGGACUUCCAUGCUUUCAUUCAGGAUUUGGACUUAACAGAUGUGGGAUUCUCUGGGAACCAGUUUACGUGGUGUAAUAAUCGUCAGGGUAGGGCGCGGGUCUGGAAGCGGUUGGAUCGAGUCCUGGUUGAUCGCGGCUGGUUGGGUAGUGGUGUGGUGCCUUCGGUUCAUCACUUGGCGCGCACUGCUUCUGAUCAUUCUCCGUUGCUGGUUUCUUACUUGAUUUCAAGCUCGUCAUCUCCGAGGAGCUUCCGGUUCCAAGAUGUUUGGCUUCGGCAUGCUAGUUUUAAGGGCGUUGUUCAGGAGGCCUGGCUCUCUGGUAGCACUGGCCGACCGAUGCGACGCUUCUUGCAUAAGUUGAAGGCGGUUAAGGCGGCUUUGACUGUUUGGAACAAAAAUGUUUUCGGUAACGUGUUCGAUGCCGUAAAACAGGCCGAGGAGGAGGUUGCUCAGUUGGAGGCUGAGGCGGCGGCCCGACCAUCCCCGGAGGUGGACUUGCGGCUGGUGCAGGCUUCGUCGGUCUUGAAGGAAGCUUUGUUGCGUCAGGCCAUCUUCUGGCGACAGAAAUCGAGGUUACGUUGGCUGAAGGAGGGAGAUGCCAAUUCUAAGUUUUUUCACUCUUAUGUGCGUCAACGCAGGGUGAAGGUUCGUAUUCAUCGGCUUCAGACUUCCUCUGGUGCGUGGACUGAUGAUGUAGGUUCUAUUCAUGCGAUGGCGGAGACUUUCUUCUCUGACUUGUUUACCCAGGGGCCACUGGAUCAGGUGACGGGGGAUGAAUUGUCUCGAAUCCCGACAAUUUUGUCGGAGGAUGAUAAUCUGGAUUUGGAACGGCUUCCUACUGCUGAGGAGGUUCGAGGGGCGGUCUUCUCUUUGGAUAGGGACAGUUGCUCAGGCCCGGACGGGUUCCCAGGGUCCUUUUAUCAGGCUUGCUGGGAUAUUAUAGGAGGGGACCUCUCAGAUGCAGUCGCGGAUUUCUUUGUUGGUGCUGAUCUCCCGUGUGGAAUUUCGGCCACUUUGUUGGCCUUGAUUCCUAAACAGUCGGCCCCUAAGACCUUUGCCGAUUUUAGGCCGAUUAGUCUCUGUAAUUUCUCGAACAAGAUUAUUUCCAAGAUUCUUGCGGCUCGGCUGGAAAAAGUUCUACCCCGACUCAUUUCCCCUCAGCAAAGUGGUUUUGUUAAGGGAAGGGCCAUUUCUGAUAACAUUCUGCUUGCUCAGGAGAUGAUUUCUAGGAUUGGGAGAAAGGCCCGGGGUUCUAAUGUGGUUUUGAAACUGGACAUGGCCAAGGCCUAUGACAGGGUAUCGUGGAUGUUUCUGCUAUCUGUUAUGCGGAAAUUCGGGUUUGGUGAGGUUUGGUUGGACAUGGUUUGGCGUUUGGUUUCCUCCUGUCAUUUUUCAGUGUUGAUCAAUGGUGGUCCGGUCGGGUUUUUCAGGUCCACUAGGGGUUUGCGGCAGGGUGAUCCGCUGUCUCCAGCGCUUUUCAUCAUUAUGGCGGAGUUCCUGUCCCGCGGUCUGGAGUCUCUUCCGCUCUCUAGUGGUUUCAUCCCUUAUUCGGUUCCUUCGGGAGGGUCCCCCCCUGUGCAUCUGGGGUAUGCGGACGACGUUAUAGUCUUUUGCAAUGGGGGGCGGGCUUCGGUGCGGAAGGUCAUGGGUGUUUUAACUGAUUAUCAGCGAGUGUCUGGUCAGCUGGUUAAUGCCUCGAAGAGUUGUUGUUUACUCUCUAAGAAGGUUUCUGGUCUUCGCAGUCGGAGGGUUGCGGAGGAAACGGGUUUUGCUCGUAAGUCUUUGCCUAUCACGUAUUUGGGGUGCCCCUUGUAUGAGGGUCGGCGAUCUAAGUCCUUGUUUGCUGGGAUCAUAGAUAAAGUUCAGGCUCGUUUGCUGUCCUGGCAGAAUCGGUGGCUCUCCAUGGGGGCGCGGCUGAUUCUUAUUCGGCAUGUGCUUACGUCCAUUCCAGUUCACUUGCUUGCAGUCUUGGAGCCCACUCGAGGGGCAAUUUGGGAGAUUGAGAGGAUGUUUGCGCAGUUUUUUUGGGGGGAUAACCAUUUUCACUGGUGUGGUUGGUCUAAGGUGUGUUUCCCUGUGGAGGAGGGGGGCCUAGGGGUUAGAUCUUUGCAGUCUAUUUCUAAGGCCUUCUCUUGUAAAUUGUGGUGGCGCUUUCGUCAACAGGACUCUCUGUGGGCGAGGUUUAUGUCUAGUUUGUACCUUCGGGGAGGUCAUCCUAAUCAGGUAGUGGUUGGUCCGUCGCGUUCGGCGAUCUGUCGGCGGUUGUUCCAAGUUCGUGAGCAGAUGGAAUUACAGAUCCGUUGGGACGUUUCUCUGGGAGAUUGUUAUUUCUGGUGGGAUAAUUGGAGUGGUUUGGGCCCCCUUGGCUGGCGGUUUCCAGACCUUUCUUCCGACCAGAAGGUUAGUGACUUUUGUGUUCAGAGGAGUUGGGACUGGGUUCGUCUCUCGUCUUUCCUUCAUACGGAGAUUUUGGAGGUGAUGGGGGAGACUUUUAUGUGGUUUGGGGAUCUGCCAGAUCAGCCCUGUUGGCAGUUGGCAUCCUCGGGCUCUUUCUCCACGGCCUCGGCUUACCAGCUGGUCCGUCGGGCUGGAGUGAAGUCUCUGGUCUUCCAGUCGCUGUGGGAUUCCUCCAUUCCACUUAAGGUUUCUUGUUUUGCAUGGCGUUUGUUUUCCGGUAGGUUGCCUUUGGAUGAUGUGUUACGUACUCGGUGCCGGUUUGCGGGGCCCUCCCAGUGCCCGUUGUGCUUGGCUGCUCAAGAGACGGCUGAUCAUUUGUUUUCCUCCUGCCUGGUGGCCCAGGCUGUCUGGUCAUUUUUUGAGUGUCGGUUGGGGAUUCUGAUGGCUUCUUGCGGCUAUCGGACUAGAUGUAUGACCUGGUGGUCUCAACCUGUGAGUAAGAUGUCGAUUCGGUGGUUGUACAGGAUUUUGUCAUUGAUCAUUCUUUGGUUUUUGUGGAAGGCUUCGAAUAAAUGGCGCUUCGAUGGCAUUAAGUGGUCUGUCCAAACCUUGUGCUACUCUAUAUCUCAUGAGCUUUGGCUUAUUUGUUCUGUCAAGUUUCCUGGGCGUUCACUUCCGCCUGAAUUUGGGGGACUUGUGUCCGUCAUCUCGGGGAUCCAGCGCCCCUUAAGUUCUAGUUUGGUUAGUUGGGAAUUCCCGCAGAAUGGGUUUGUCAAGCUUAAUACUGACGGGUCCUCCUCAUCUACGGCCGGUGCUAGUGGUAUUGGUGGGAUUCUCCGACGGUCCGAUGGAUCGUUCCUUGGAGCGUUUGCGGCCAAGUUACCGCUGGUGGACUCUUUGCAGGCGGAGGCGUAUGCAAUGCUUCAUGGACUCCAACUGUGCCAGCAGAUGGGUUUCUCCAUGGUCCAAGUUGAGUCUGACUCGCAGGUUUUGGUUCGUGUGGUGGCAGGGAGUUUUUCGAUUCCGUGGGCGGUACGGCCGCUGAUUAGAGCGAUUCGAGCAAUUUUGCCGUUGGGGGUUCGUCUCUCCCACUGUUUCUGGGAGGCGAAUACGGUUGUUGACUCUCUGGCUGCUGUGGGCGUUGCUUGCAGCGGGCACUUGGAUUAUCCCACUUUGUCUUCUCUUCCACGCUUGUCUAGGUCCCUCUUUGUUUUAGAUAGGGAGCAGGUUCCCAAUUUCCGUUUCUCGCUUCGAAGAUAG